AUGGAAACUCCCCGAGAACCUCAUUUCUUCAAGCCUCUUCUUCCUGGUUUUCAAAGUGGCGUCGCAAUACCACUUGACUUCUACUCAAAACACAUACAAGGGGCUGAGAUCAAUAAACCAUGGAAGCUAAGAUCGGACGCUUCGGAUCAAAUUUGGGAGGUGAUCCGAGAAGGCAGGACACUCACCAAAGGUUGGAAAGAGUUCACCGAAGCACAUGAUCUUCGAAUCGGUGACAUUGUCAUCUUCAAACACGAAGGAGACAUGGUCUUUCAUGUGACUCCUUUUGGUCCUAGCUGUUGUGAGAUUCUGUGGUCCGACGCGGAUGAUGCUCCUACUUUCUCAUACGACUACUGCUUCUUGGCUGAGGUUACUCCUACAAAUCAAAAGGACGACAAAAUGUUUCUUCCUGUGGAAGCUAUGAGGUGUGGUGCUUUGAACCAACAAUGCAAAGAGGUCAAACUUGUCAACAAGGAGGGAAAGUCAUGGACUGCGCGCUUCGGAUUUAGCGAAUCAGACGGCGCAUAUUACAUCAGCAGAGGGUGGAGAAAGUUCUGUCGUGAUAACAGAUGCACCAACGGAGAUUUGUUUGUGUUCAACGUGGUUGGAGACGGGACGACAACUCCAUUACUGUGUGUAUGUCCGGAAAGGAAGGAGUGUACUGAACUACUGAUCAAGCACUUCAGCAGAAUCGAUGGUAGCAUUGCUUCUACCUCACGAAAUUAG